AUGGCGCGGUCGUGCUCAUUGCUCAAAAACAAACCACACCACCUUCUGUGCCUUGGGCCACACUAUGACAUGGCUCUCAAGCUCCAACAAAAGCUCGCCCCUCACUUUACCUACUGCGCCAUCUUCACCAAGAUCGAACCCAAAAAGACAUACUCGCUGGACAACUUCGAACUGAUGCUCGAGGUAAUCUACCUGGCCCCCGAAGGCGUCAUUCUCGGAGGUGGCUUAAACGAAGAGGAAGGCGAGGAGAUGCGCCAACUCGUCGCGGCCCGCAAAGACGAGAAUGGACAGCCGAUGAAGUUCGCCAAGGUCCUUCCCGGCAGGUUUGAGCAGAGCAGGCCCGAGGGUCUAGUCGAGACGACCCAGGGACUUGUAGGGCGAGGCCUUCAACGUUGA